GUGGAUACUGCUGCUGCGGACGGCUACUUUGAUGUGGUGCAGUGGUUCCACGAUAACUGCGACGUGAGUUGCACGGGUUCGGUCAUUGAUGGAGCCGCAAAGAACGGCUAUCUUGACGUUGUCAAGUGGCUGCACGAGCACUGUCGAGAGGGCAACCGUAACGAAGGGUGCACCACUUUGGCAAUGCAUUGGGCAGCCUUGCAUGGUUAUAUGGAGGUGGUCGAGUGGCUUCACGAGAACCGGAAAGAGGGCUGUCGACGAGAUACCCUGAAAGAUUGUGUCAUUCGUGGUAAACUUGACAUAGUCAAGUGGCUGUAUACUAACAAAAGGGAAGUGUCAGACCUUGAUGGAGUUAUCGAUCACGCUGCUGGAUUCGGUCACUUGGAACUUGUGCGGUGGUUUCACGAAAACACCAACGAACGAUGCACUAGAGCCGCGAUGUGUAGAGCUGCUGGGAAUGGGCAUCUGAGUGUUGUAAAGUGGCUACACGAGCACCGGCGUGAAGGCUGUACAACAGAUGCAAUGGAUACUGCAGCCAUGCGCGGACACCUGGAAGUGGUGAAAUGGCUACAUGCGAAUCGAGAUGAAGGCUGCACUACCGAAGCUAUGGAUGGAGCAGUGAGGGGAAACCACUUGGGUCUUGUGAGGUGGCUGUGCCGCCAUCGUUCAGAAGGGUGUACGACUUCUGCGAUC